CGUCAAGCCCAACUGCCUGCCAGCGGGCGUGCCAUUCUUUCAAUCUAACUUUCAAGUCAUUCUUUUCAAGACUCACCCAAGUCUAUCAUUCAAUCGGCGGCGUCUUGGCUAUUGUCUUUAAAAUCUAAUCAAUUCGGAUAUUGUGUGCAUUUCGUAUUGGCUACUGCUAGGUCGAACGAUUUUAACGAUCACUGCCAAUUGAACCCAAACCUGGCUCUGAGUUUAGACUCGAAAUCUGAAGAGGGUAUAUUGUGUAGCUUAGCGCCUUCGAACGAUUUCAUGCUCCUCACCAGAACACUUUGAUAAUCAAGCAAGGGUACGCCGCUCGAGUGCCAUGAGAACAAUGAUACAUCGACACCUUCAUGGCCAUGGCCAUAGCCGUGGUCACCACCUGCGUUCACGGGAACCGGUACUUGAGUUGGAUGAGCGAGACCAAGGGCAAAGUAUAGAACUGGACACGCACGAUAUACUGCAUUCGGACCACCAUGUGCCACAAAUUACAACCCGAGCGAACAAUCUAGACGAGAAACCGUCGACCGACAGCAGCACAACUACAAUCGUCAUUAGUGUUGUUAUCCCCCUGGUCGUUGCUCUCGCGGUGUUGGCAUAUUUUGCUCGAAAAGGUGUGUUGAGAAGGAGACGUGAAGAAGCGGCGAGCAAAUUCAAAUCAAUGGACUUUGGUCUGCAAGAAACGUUGCCUUCGAAGGGCGGCAAAAGAAAAAGCGCCUUUUUUGGCAAAGAGAAGGAGGGUGGUCACAAAACCCAGCUUUCGAUGGACAUGAAUCUAUCAAGUCCUUACCUUCUCCCGCCCAACCUUCAUGCCUCUAGAGAAUCGUUCAAUUCUCUUGCCAAGACUCUCCACCAGGCCGAUGACCCCUAUCGACCUGUUACAGAUUAUGCUGGCAGUGAUGUUGGCUCGUUGCGUUCUUUUAAACGAGGACCCGCAACCAGGACGUCGUCUAUCUACACGUCAAAAACGCGUCCAAGUGGUGACAUCCCUCGUCAGCAGAGAGAGAUCCCGACUUCUCCGUUGCAGUCACCACUUCCUGUUGCCCAGCCCCUUUCACAUUCACCUGCCCAGCAGGAAGAGAUGCUAUCUACCCCAGCAAAGAACGAGUUCCGAUUUGUUGACGAUGGACCUGGAGUCACUCAGGUUCCUGAGAUUCAAGAACCUGCGGCUGUCGCUACUUUAGCAACUCGCAAGCCAGCCACACAAAGUCCUCGUUCUUUAUCUCCGGAGGUCAAGGAAGCACCUGUACCUAUGGUUGCUGAGAUUGUUGAUGAGAGGGACUCUCUACCGCGAGGCGCACCCAACAGCCAGAUGCAUACUACAGGCCUAGGUAUCAUGGAUCGUCAUAUGUCUCAAGCCUCGUCAACUUCGCAGAGUUCUGACGCCAAGGGUAUGCCAAUGGCUAUUCGGCCACCCCGCAAGGAGUCGAUGCCAGUGAUCAAUGCCCCAAAGAUGAACCAAGAGUACCAAGGUUAUGACGAUCAUAUGCAGUUUGAGGAUAAUCAAUUCAGCUCGCAUCGUGAUGAGGAUGAGCUUCAUAUGUCAGUUCACCAUGAGCAGAAUGUCCACCCGCACUCUGCUGGCUUGGGUGUUCCUGAUCAAGACAAUCGGAGACUAUCUGUUGGCCUUAGACCUCUACCUCCAGAUGACUUCCUUGAAUCAGAAGAUCCUGAAUUCCGAGCCAAUCGCAUUCGCUCGUUCUAUAAGGAGUAUUUCGACGAUAGUAAGGCCGACCAGAAUCGCCCUCCAAUGCCUCAACCAAAGCAGGGAGGAUACUACGAGGACUAUGAUGCGGGUUACAUGGGUGAGGCUGCAUACUUUGAUCCUGACACGAAUGCCUUUGUCAUGCCAUAUGCUCAACCCGUUACCCGCCGUGCUAUGACACCCCCUCCGAAUAAUAGACGCCCAAUGCCUGGACCCGGGCCACGUGGCCCACCGGGUCCCCAUGGUCCUCAUAGAGGCCCUCCUAUGUCUGGCGGCCCUCAAGUCCGACCUAGAGCUGGAUCAACAAUGUCGGGCCGUGCAUGGGGACCUAGAAGCCCUCGACCGGGUUCGUCAGCAUCGAAUCCUCGCUUCGGCGGACAGCCCAAAAAACCUAUGCCUCCCCCGGCUGCCCUUAACUCAUUGCCAACCCCAUCUAAGCUGAAAGAUGAUUCAUUUGCCCUAAUGGGAGCGGUCGACUUCGCACCUCCUCCCUCAUUCAAGGAUCAGGCAACCGGCCGAUCUCAAAGCCCUCUCGGCGAGCGUGUGCCAUAUCGGGUGAACACUCCUGUCCACUCACCAUUGGUUAGCGCCUUCGACGACACGCCGGCGCUACCCAGCCCGCAUUUGUUACGCAAAUCCGGUACCUUUACUGGUCUUGAUUUUGCGCCACCGCGUCGAUUCAAGGACCCUGAGACCAUGAGUGAGACGGGCAGUGUUCGUAGCAUGCAUAGCGGUAUCUCCGGCAUGGGCUUGAAUGCGCUCCGUGCUGGGGCUGGACGAGUCAGCCGCCUGCCUGGCGAUACGGUCUUCACGCAAGCCGCUAUGAACGACACGCUGAAGCCGAAUUGGGGCAUGCGUGAUUAGUUCAAUUCUCUCUUUCGCUUCAUGACAUACGACCAUACCAUUAUCUCGGCGCAUUAGGGAUAGCCAUGUCCUCCUUUCGGUACAUAUAUCAAUCACAUCAUCAUGGCAUGGGAGUUAUUAAUAAUAGAUGGAACC